AUGAUGAAAUUUUUUAUAGUAUCAAUUCUAUUCACAACCUUACUAUCAUGCCAAGUUUAAUAUAAUAAUGACAUAAAAUUUGAUUUCAGCAAAGCGAAAGCAAUAAAUUUAGCUUAUGGAAACGAUCAAAAUUCCUUAUACAUCACUUUGUGUGGGCUUUUAGAUUAUAAAUGUGAGAAAUUGAGCAGUAAACGUAUUUUAGAAGAAAUAAAUUCUGAAUCUAAUAAUACACCAAGUACAACAACUGAAACAACAAAUAAGAGUGAAAGUACAAAUGAAAAUAAAUAAACAACAGAAGGAAAAAAUGAUGAAAAUAGCAAUAGUAGCUCUACAGAUAUAAAAACUUCAGAAACAGAUGAUAAAAAUAAGGAAUCUGAAGUCAUAUAAACAAAUAAAGAUGAUGAUGAUGACAAGGAUGAUUAAAAUUUUCUUAAUAAAGUUGAUAAGGAUUAAUCAUAAUCCCUUAUAAUUGCAGAAAAUAAUUCAUGUACUCCUUGUUCGGAAUAAAGCAACGUAGAUAAGGAUUAAUUAAGUUUCUUGAAAGAGAAUAAACCAUUUAAAGGAUUAGUAAUUGAAAGAAGAGGUAUUGUAGAAAAAGAGACUUUUAAAUUACAAUUAAAAUGCUCUAAAUCAGAUAUAAUGACAGUUGAAGAUUGGAAUAAAGAUGGAUAUUUAUUUAUACUUACAUCAUCAGCUGCUUGUCCAAUAUUAGUUUAUAAUCCUGUGACUUAAUUUUUUAUAGAUUUUAAAUGGUUAUUUAGCAUAGUUCUUUGGAGUGUUGGAAUAUUCUUUUUACUUUUAGGAUAUUAAUUGGCAUAAUUGUCAUCUAUGAUUCUAGGUUCAAUAAUGGGUUUUGGAUUUACUACUAUUAUAAUUGGAGAAGCUACAUUGAAUAGUGAAUCUAGUUAUGCAGCAUUAUGGGUUGUGAUAGGAUCAGGAGUAAUAGUAGCAUUUAUAUAUUUUAAUGCUUCAAUGUAGAGAUUCUUUUUUCUUCUAUUUAAUUUUGGAUUUAGUGUUGGUUUAAUAUUAUCAUUAAUGUUUCAAUCAUUAUUUUACUAUUAGAUAGAAACAGAUUUAAUGUUCUUACCUUUAACUACUUCCAUCAUAAUAUCUGGAGUAAUUCUAGGGUUGCUUGGUCUAAAAUACGAUCUCUAUAUUGGAAUUGUUUCUACUUCGUUAGUUGGAGUAAUAUCUAAAUAUUAAUUUAGGCAUAUUGUCUAAUAAGACCAAUAGGAUUUAUUGUUGGAGGGUAUCCAAAUGAACUUCUAUUAACUAAAUAAGCUGAAUAUGGAUUUGACAUAAAUAUUGGUUAUUCAGUUUACAUCUAUAACAUUAUGAUCAUCUUACUUGCUGUCUUAUGUGGAAUCUAUUAAAGAAAAUAACAUCUCAAAAGAGUUGCUUUGGAUGAUUAAUUAUCGGCUGAUAUCAAAUACUAUGAAAUGGGUAAUGUUGAAGAAGAAGAUAAAUAAGUAUAUCUUUCUACUUAUACUUAGAAAAGAUAAAGCAAAAAUAAUGAUAAGAAUGUGACUGUCGUUUUUGCAAAACCUCUUGAUAAUUAAGGUGAAGAGCUCUAAGAUAAAAAAAGACACUCUCACUUAACAGGAAGCGAUAUUAAUGAAUGA